UAGAAACUCCAGUUGGCCAAUAGGACGAGUCCCAUCAGUGAACUCUGGAAUCUGGAAGCUAGCACUUGGCCGCAGUCCAUAUUAACACUGUGAAGAAUUUCACCCAAACCCCAGAGACAUGGAGUCACUGAGCUUCGGAACAAUUCUCCUGACUGCCUUGAUAUCACUUUUAACAUUGUAUUUAAUAUGGGGCCACGUAUCUACAAGACGCAAACUUCCCCCCGGUCCCACCCCUCUGCCGCUGUUUGGAAACCUCUUGCAGGUCAGGAAUGGACAGAUGGCAAAAACGCUGAUGGAGCUGAGUAAACAAUAUGGCUCUGUUUAUACCUUUUACUUUGGCCUGCGUCCGGUCGUUAUAUUCUGUGGUUAUGAAGCUGUGAGGGAAGCACUCGUUGAUCACGGAGAAGAUUUCACAGGUCGUGGUGAGCAGCCCACCGUGGACAGAGUCUUCCAAGGUUAUGGAUUAAUCACGAGUGAAGGUGAACGAUGGAGGCAGCUCCGACGCUUCUCAUUAUCAACUCUGAGAAACUUUGGUUUGGGGAAGAGGAGCAUUGAGGAGAGAAUUAAGGAUGAGGCUCAGUCUCUGGUAGAUGAACUUAAGACAUACAAAGGACAGUCAAUUGACCCAGCUGUUCUAAUUUCCAAAGCUGUAUCAAAUGUCAUCUCCUCGGUGGUGUUCGGUAAACGCUUCGAGUACACUGAUAAAAAGUUUCAUAGGAUGCUUGAUAUAUUUACCGAAACAUUUGAACUGAUGAGUUCCACCUGGGGACAGAUUCAGGAUAUGAUUCCUUUCAUAAUGAACCAUAUUCCUGGACCUCAUCAGAAAAUCACCACUUUAUUAGAGGAGCUGAAUGCGUUUAUUGCAGAGAGAGUUAAAAUAAACCAAGAAACGUUGGAUCCUAAUUCACCGAGAGACUAUAUUGACUGCUUCCUAUUAAAAAUGGAAGAGGAGAAGAACAACCCAACAUCAGAAUUCCACAUGAGAAACUUACUGCUAAGUCUCAAUAAUCUGUUUUUUGCUGGUGGAGAAACUGUGGCUACAACAUUAAAGCAUGGGUUUCUAGUUCUUCUCAAAUACCCAGACAUACAAGCCAAGCUCCACGAGGAAAUAGACCGUGUUAUUGGCCAGGACCGCAGCCCAACCAUUGAGGACCGGAGUAAGAUGCCUUACACAGAUGCCGUGAUCCAUGAAAUCCAACGCUUCAGUGAUGUUAUCCCAAUGAACGCACCUCAUUCAGCAAUAAAGGACACAGAGUUCAGGGGAUACACCAUUCCUAAGGGCACUGGGGUGUGUGCUCUCUUGUGCUCUGUCUUGGAAGACGCCAGAUAUUUUGCUACUCCUCAAAAAUUCAAUCCCAACCACUUUUUGAAUCCUGAUGGGUCCUUCAAGAGAAAUGAUGCCUUCAUGCCUUUUUCUACAGGAAAGAGGAUGUGCCUGGGCGAAGGUUUGGCACGAACAGAACUCUUCCUCUUCCUCACCAUCAUAUUGCAGAACUUCACCUUGACCUCUCAGACGCAGUUUACAGAGUCUGAUAUUACCCCAAGAAUGGCAGGGUUUGCAAAUGUUCCUAUACCUUACCAAAUGUCAUUUGGGACACGUUAAAAAUACACAAUCCAUAAUGUAAAAUAAACACACCAUCUAAAUAUAUGUUAGCAUAAUAGUAUACAGCAAGCCAAGAAGAAGUAGAGAAUUACUAAGGAACAAGAUUCCAUGACUCCAUCAGAUCUAGCCAAAUUAAUUCAUAUCAUGAUACGUCUGAUACGCAGUUUGUUAAUGAUUGCAAAAACAGAUUUACAUUGGUUUACUUGUGUUCCAUGUAAAAUGUCAGCAAUGUAGUUAUUUAUAGAGUCAUAUAAGCCCGUAGAAGAGAGCAGCCUUGCCUUGAGGCCAAAAAUAGUUCUCAAAUCUUUAUUUAAAGGAUAGAAAGUCCAUAAUUAGGGAAUAACCUCUGAGACCAACAGCUUAUUUACACGGAAAGGGACUACAGCCCUAUAGUUCCUGAAUAAUAAUAUAAUAUGAUUAAAAAUCAGAAUAUCAAUAUUUAGGACUCAUGAAGAGCUAAACUAGGUCCCCCUCCUUGAAUAUUAUAAUUAGGAUCCCCAUCCACCAACAAUGGGUGUUGACACUAGAUCUUCUCUCCUGAAUAUUAUAAUCAGGACCCCAAACAGACUGGCCGAAUUCAGACUGGAAUUGGUUCUAUUAAAUCUACAAGUUGCCAAUGCGGUCAGAAUUUGGUUAUUUUCUGUACAGAAAACAUAAAACGCUUUCUAAUGAAUAAAUACUAUUAUACAGAAUGCAUAAUUCUCUAUGGACCUAUAAUAUAAUAGGAAAAAAAAAAACAUGAUCAUCUAUGAAACCUAUAAUAACACAGAGGAUGUGAAUAUUCAGUAGAGCCCAAAUAUUGUAGAGGAUAUAGAACAGCCUUUCACUUUCAGUUAUACCGUCCAUAGAAUAUCACAGUUAAUCUUGUCUGCAGUCCCUUAUUGUAGAUAGGUCACCCAUUCCUGUGCACGA